UAACAGUAAACAAAGCGUACGCCAACGCGACAGACGUGUUUGUUCUGCGUAUUUGUGUUUUAAUAUAAUUUUUUCGUCAAAUUAGAAUUACUACGCAUGUUGGCAAAUUUAGUAAAAGGAGCGCACAAUGAUAAAACACAUAAAAGAGAUGUAAUCUAGUUAUCCCUCGACAUCGCACAAAUGAACCAAAGAUACUUAUAUAAGGCACUUAGUACACAAAAACACAAGUUGCAUGCAACAUCAAUGCAAACGAACAUGCAAAUUCACUGAAAUCCGAAAUAUACAUAUAAACAAAGGCACGCAAAUAACUGCCUAUAUGCAAUUUCUGGCUAUUAUGCAAACAAUUGUUCAAGAUUAAGUACAUAAGAACACAAGUGCCUUAAAAAUAUAGAACAAAAGGAUAACUAAUUGAAGCCAUUAGUAGUACGCCAACUACAGCGUCAAGUGCAUUAGUUAAUAUUAGUAACUUUUAUUGAAGCCAACAUGGACACGGGCAGCGUAAUGGAUAUUUAUGCCAUUUAUUUAUUUCGACCCGGAAGUUCGCCCGUUGAUUGGUGCGAGGGCAAUUAUUUAAUAUCAUCGAAUAUUGCCGAGUUCGUCAACACGUUCAGCAAUUUUCUGUUUAUCCUACUGCCGCCCGUGCUGAUAAUGUUGUUUAAGGAAUACGGAAGAUUCGUGACGCCCGGAAUACAUUUGCUGUGGGUGCUGCUGAUUGUUGUGGGUCUCAGUUCCAUGUAUUUCCAUGCGACAUUGAGUCUGUUGGGCCAGCUGCUCGAUGAACUGGCCAUACUCUGGGUGUUUAUAGCCGGCUUCUCGCUGUUCUAUCCCAAGCGUUACUAUCCAAAGUUCGUGAAGAACGAUCGCAAAGCCUUCAGCUGGCUCAUGUUGACAUCGGCCAUUAUCGCAACGGCUUUGUGCUGGUGGAAGCCCAUUGUUAAUGCCUUUGUGCUGAUGCUCAUGGGCGUGCCGACAAUGAUAAUGCUCUACACCGAGCUGCAGCGAGUUCGUGAUCAGCGCGUUUAUCGUCUGGGCCUGCGUGCCACGACAGUUUGGGGCGUGGCAGUUUUUUGUUGGAUCAACGAUCGCAUGUUCUGCGAGGCCUGGUCAGCAAUUAACUUUCCAUAUCUGCACGGAUUUUGGCAUAUACUCAUAUUCAUAGCUGCCUAUACGGUGCUGGUGCUGUUCGCAUAUUUCUAUGUGGAAUCCGAGCUGCCGCAGCGGCAGCCGCUGCUCAAGUAUUGGCCAAAGAAUGAGUUUGAGUUCGGCAUACCCUUCAUAUCGAUAAGAAAUCCAGAUUCGAAAGAUUGGCACAUCUACUGCAGCUUAUUCGUGCAGGAUUACGACAACGGGCUAAAGGCUCUGCGCUGAAAGUCUUGACACUAUUUAGAAUUAGAUCUAAAAUGCGCCAUACAAAAAGAAAAGGAAAGUUUACAAAAUUAAUGAACUGGUUUUUGCCAACAUCUGUUUGUAACUUAUGGAAAUUUGCAUAACGUACUUGUAAACUAUGUCCAAAUUAAAGAAAGUCAAAAAGUUUA